AUGCCCAAACUAUGGAACGCCCUUGAGAACAACCCGCAGGUGAUGAACCAACUGGCCCAUUCACUCGGGCUAAGCAGGAGAUUAUCCUUUUAUGAUAUCUACUCGCUCACGGAUCAAGAUCUGCUAGCCUUCAUCCCCCGCCCAGUCUACGCUUUGCUCGUCAUCAUCCCACUCACGCCGGCAUGGCAUGAGUCACGCACGAGCGAGGACAAGGAUAAGCCAGAGUAUGCAGGAAAGGGAGACGAAGAGCCCGUCAUAUGGUUCAAGCAGACUAUCGGCAAUGCGUGCGGCUCUAUAGGACUGGUCCAUUGUCUACUCAAUAGCCCUGAGGCAGCGCGGCAUAUUCAGCGAGAUUCGCCGCUUGAUCAGAUUCGCAAAGACGCUCUGGAUAAGACGAUUUGGGAGCGUGCGAAGGUUUUGGAAGAGAACGAAGCGUUUGAGGCGGCGCAUGCUGAGGCGGUGGGCUUGGGAGAGACCACGGUGCCUGUGCCGACUGAGGGGGCCCAUCUCGGUCAACAUUUUGUGGCGUUCGUUAAAGGUCGGGAUGGACACCUGUGGGAAUUGGAGGGGGCAAGGGCGGGGCCGUUAGAUCGUGGCGAGUUGGGGGAGGAUGAAGACGUCCUCUCCGAGACGGCCGUGGAGAGGGGUCUGGGGCGGUUGAUGAGGAUCGAAGCGGAGAAGGGUGGAGACUUGAGAUUCUCAGCCAUUGCGCUGGCGGAGAACUUGGAUUCAUUGUGA